AUGUCCCGCCGGACGCUGGGUGGAGGCCGUGUCUUGGGCACUCCGAGUGCGCUCUCAGCCCCGUCCCCGUCCCCGCAGCCGAAGAGGGUACUCUCACCAGCUGCUAGCAGCGUCUCUCUAAGCUCGCAGGCUUCCGUUUCGCAGUUCUCCUCGACGACUCAAGACCUCACCUCUCGCAUAUCUCUAGAGACUGGCAACACUUCGAUACCCGCGCCGCCCGCCGCUCCCGGAGCGCAGCUAUCAUGUCCGAUCUGCAGCGAAGAGAUGGUAACUCUUCUUCAACUUAAUAGACAUCUCGACGACCUUCACCAGAACUUGGAAGAUGGCACACAAGAUGAGGUCAAAGACUGGUUUAAGAUCCAAAUGGAAAAAGCAAAGAGAUUCCAGCCACUGGCCGUGUUGAACCAAAAACUCAAAGGUCUGGAUGUAUUCGAAUCGAAUGAGAACCAAGCCUCCUCGGUCUCGAGCCGUCCACUGGCCUCUCAUAUACCGACCCCCGAAGCCCCGAAAUUACUUGACCCCGAAGACCUCAUUACGAAGGAACACUGGCAAGCCCCUUGCAUGUACGACGUGUGUUUGGAGCCCUCGUGCGGCCAACGACUGAAUGCCACCAAUGGAUGCGUGAAUUGUCGGAAAUGUGGAAAGCUCUUUUGCGAAGAACAUACAAUGUACCAGAUGAAGCUUUCGCGGGCGGCACACCACGAACCUAUAAGAGGUAUUUGGGCUCGUGUCUGCGAGACAUGCUAUAAGUCUAGGGAAGGUUACAACGAUCACAAUGGAACACUGAGAGAUAAAACGGCUUUAUUCAAGUCUAUCCGGCAGCAAACGGUUGAUAAGGAUCUCCUCGAAGUUUCGCGCCUCGAAAAACGAUUAACUCGGCUCACACAAUUAUUGGCGAGUCUACCACCCGACCAAGUCCAACCCAGCGCAACAAAGCUUUUUUCAAUUGGAUGGCAAAGCGACCAGCGAAAGAGCCUGGAGCAGACUGUUGUAAGCUGGCAAGAUGAUGCUAGUGUGUCGCGAUGUCCUUUCUGCCAGCAGGACUUUUCGGGCUAUUCCUUUCGGAGGCACCAUUGCAGAACUUGUGGGCGAGUUGUUUGCGGUGACGCUGGAACUGGUUGCUCUAGUGAGGUUGGGCUGAGCAUUGCACCUAGUAAGUUUCCACAACUUCACGUCCGGGGCCAACUAUAUCUAACAUUCUCGAUAGUGUCGAAAUCUUCAGAGAAAGUGGCCGCUAACAAUUUGCUCAACAUCGACGUAAGACUUUGCAAGGAUUGCAAGUCGACUUUGUUUGACCGGCGCGACUUUGAGGCUGAUAUCACACAAAAGCCCCUGGAGGUCAGGUCUUACGACAAUUUGAUCCAAUUCGAGAGGGGAAUCCGCUUGCACAUGCCUAAAUUCCAGAAACUCCUCUCCGCACUCCAAGAUCCAAGACGCCCACCCUCGUCAGCUCAAAUAGCAGAUGCUUCCAAAGUACGCAAGCGACUUAUGGACUCUUUCGCAAAAUAUGACGUUGCGGCACGACGAAUCCGCGACCUACCCACCAACUCCCCCACCCAGCAACGCCUGCAAAAGGCAAUUUAUCAACAAGCCAGCAAUUUCCUCCACCUUCAUAUGUUACCUCUGAAAGCCCUCCCCAAGAUCUUGAAACACACACCACCAAACGGGGGACGCAUGCAUAGCCCCGCCACAUCGUCAACAAACACGCCAGUAAACGGCUCACCGGCACCUGGUGCUAAGCCCCAGGAUUCCGCCCUUGCAUCCAUUAAAUAUAACAAUCGUGUCGCCGCCAGCGGAAGCACCAGCAGUCUCGCAAGCGACACAAGCAGCGCCGUAUCAGCGCUCGAAGCAGAAGAAAAAUCACUCCGUGAUAGAUUAAUCGUCCUGGAAGAACAGAAAUUCUUCGUAUCCGAAAUGAUCGCCGAUGCCAACCGUCGCCGUAAAUUCGACGAGGUGAGCAGUCUUGCCGUCAACGUCGAGGAUCUGAGUCGUGAAAUCGACCGCGUGAACGGGAUGCUAGCUGGUUUGGACUUCGAAGGAGUCUACACGGGAAACCCCCAAGCGAGCGCUUGA